AUGAGUAGAAGGAAAGCAACACCAGUUGGAGAGGAUACCCUUUUUAAUAAAUUUUUAAUAGUCGGACUUGACCCAGACACAUUCCAAUCAUCAUUAGCUUUCCAAUGGAUACCAAAGAAAAUUGGUGAAACACCAUCACCAAAAGAAAUUGAAAGAGAAGAUACUGAUAAUAGAAAAGUUAUUGAAUUUUGUUUUCCAGAAUCAAGUGAUGAAUGUUCAAAUAUUAUGAAAAAAAGUGAUACUACAAUUAAAUUUUUUUCAUUUGUUUUAACAGAUUCAUAUGGUAAUAAAACAAUUGCAUAUUGUAAAAGAUUUAUGAGAUCAAUUGAACCAAUUUGUUAUUGUAUUAUAAGUAGAAAACCAUUCUUUAAAUUAUUUGAUAGAGUAUUCAUUGCAAUUCAAGAAAAGUAUGAAAUCAAAUCGAAAAAUAGUAUUCAUAAUUUACUUUCAGCUUUAAUAGCAUAUCCAAUUCCAAAAUCUUCAACAACCAUUGAAUUAACAACUACUGCUACAAAUUCUGCAACUGAAAAUUGGGUAUUUCCAUUUUUAAAACCAAGAACUAAUUUUGAUCAUAUUGAUUAUGAACUUAUACAUAAAAUGAAUCCAGCACAUAUUAUUAGAUUAUUUGAAUUUGCAAUUACAGAGAGUAGAGUUAUAUUGUUAUCAAAGGAUAUAUCAGUUGUAUCCAAUGGUAUUUUAGCAUUAUCAUCAUUAUUAUCACCAUUGGUAUGGCAACAUAUUUUCAUUUCAAUUUUACCAAAUGCAUUAAUGCCAUAUGUUGCUGCACCAAUACCUUUUUUAGUUGGAAUUUUAGAGUCAUCACUUAAAUCAUUUUAUCAACAACCAACUGAACAAGUUAUUCUCUACAAUUUAGAUACUUUGGAUUUCAUAAUAGAUCCUGAUACAAAAUCAUUAUUACCAUAUCAUAUUAGAAUUUAUUUGGAUAAUUAUUUAAAAGAAUUUAAAACUCAACAUCCAACUUAUAAUAAUGAUUUUGAUUCAGAAAUUAGAAAACCAUUUUAUUCAGUAAUUUAUCAUUUAUUUCAACAUUAUUCUAAUUUUAUGUUAAAGAGUGGAGCAAAUUAUAGUUUUUUUAAAGAUCAAUUUUUAGAAUCACCAUUAAAUUCACAAAAUAAAAAAUUAUUAGAAGUUAUAUGUAAUUCUCAAAUGGUUGAAGUAUUUUUUGGUGAAAAGGAGAAUGAAUUCUCUGAUAGUGGUGAAGUGAAUUGUGAAUUCUUGAAUGGCGCAAGAGAGAAAGCCGAUGAAAUACCAUUCUUUUCAAGAAAGAAACUUGGUCAAUAUGAUUGUCCAGCAUGUUUAAAUUCGACUAUAUCAUUUUCAACUUGGGAUUUAAAUGGAUUCAUAAUUCAUAGGGAAUGUUUAAAAUGUCGUACUUGUGAAAUGGCCUUUGAAAAUCCAACCGAUGAUAAAGAUAAAAUUGAAAUAAAGAAAAUUAAUGAUGGUGAAGCUAUAAAAAUCUAUUGUACAGAUUGCAGAAGUAAAACAUUUAUGAACAAAAUUAAAAAUACCUCUUCUCAUUCAAAACAAAAAUUUUAUAAUUUCAUUAAAACUGAUAAUUUAUUUCAUAAUUCAAUUGUAUUAAAUAAUAAUUAUAAUUCAAAUAAUUUAAAUGUAAAUAAAGAUAAUAAUAAUAUUAAUUAUAGUAAUAACUAUAGUAAUAAUAAUAGUAAUAAUAAUAAUAAUAAUAAUAAUAAUAAUAAUAAUAAUAAUAAUAAUAAUAAUAAUAAUAAUAAUAAUGGCGUUAAUAAUUAUGGAUUUGGACCACAACAUCCUUUACCUAUGUCAGUGUCUCACGAAAUUCAUAAUUUCAAAUUUAAAAAUAGUACAAAUAGCAAUAACAAUAACAAUAACAAUAACAAUAGCAACUCCAACACCACCACCAACAACAACACCAAUAAUAAUAAUAGCAACAACCAACCAACGCAAACAUUACAUAUACAAACUCAACAACCAUUGACACCAUCAAAACUGGUUGUACCAAAACCAUUAAAUACUCAAAAUAAAGGAAAAUCACUUUCAAGUGCUCAAUUCGCUCAAAUUUUAACUAAUCAUCAUAAUCAUACGCAACAAAAUAAUAGUAAUAUUAAUAAUAAUAAUAAUAAUAAUAAUAAUAAUAAUAAUAAUAAUAAUAAUAAUAAUAAUAAUAAUAUUAAUAAUAAUAAUAUUAUUAUUAGCAAUGGAAAAUCAGGAUCAGGUGGUAUUCCGUUACAAAAAUCAUCAUCUUUAGGUAAUAGCUCAAGUGGUACUGCCAAUAUUACAAGUGGAAGUUGUAUUACUUUUGGAAAUAAUUAUAGUAACAAUAUUGGCGGUGGCGGUAGUAGUAGUAGUAAUAGUAGUAGUGGUAAUAAUAGUAGUAGUAAUAGUAGUACAAAUUUAAAUAAACAACUAGUUGAUAGAUUUAAACCUCCACUACCUCCUACUCCUGGUGAAAGAAAGGAAAGAGCAUUAGAACAAAUGAAACAAAGAAAUAUUCAUGUUGUCAUUGAGGAUUAUCAAUAUACUGCUGAUAAUAAUAAUAAUAAUAAUUAUAGCAACUACAACAACAACACAGAUAGUUCAAUUCCUUCAUUUUCAUUUUCAUCUAGUCCACAAAAUCCACCACCACCAAUUUCACCAAGAAGCCAAAACAACAACAACAAUAAUAAUAAUAAUAAUAAUAAUAAUAAUAAUAAUAAUAAUAAUAAUAAUAAUAAUAAUAAUAAUAAUAAUAAUAAUAAUAAUAAUAAUAUCAAUAGUAAUAAUAUCACCACAUCCAAUUUAACUAAAUCAGUAUCAUAUAGUGGAACAAUUAAUAAACCUGCUAUACCAGCCCGUAGUUUUAACAAAGAUAUUGAAAAAGAAGAUUUAACUCAAUUUCAAAAUAGUAAUAAAAAAAAUGCACCCCCACCAGUACCAGAGAGAUCAAAAACUCCCCCACCUCCCCAAUUAUCAUCGUCACCAUCAUCAUCAUCUAAUGAAUCAUCAACAAAAAUAUCACCCCCAUUUCUUUCACCAAGAAGAAAAUCAAAUCCUGCUAUUUUACAAGUUUAUGCUCAACAACAUCAACAUCAGCAACAACAUCAACACCUACAAAAAAAGAGUAUACACAUUAAAUCAUCACCUUUAAAUCCAGUAUCAAAUCCUAUUCCAAUUACUAGAAAAAAUAAUAAUAAUAACAAUAACAAUAGUAAUACAUCAUAUUCACCAUCACCACCUGCAAUACCACCAAGACAAUUACCACCAAAAUUAUCUAAACCAACAACUAGUUUCACAAAACUUCCUGAUUCAACAAUUUUAAAAAAAGCAGCAAAACCAACUCCUCAAAUUUUCGAACCAUCUUCCUCCUCACCACAACAACAACAACCCCCAUCUCCCAUUAAAAGUUUUAACAAAAAUAGUCCAAAUAGAAAUAAUAAUAAUGGAAAUAACAAUGGAAAUAACAAUGGAAAUAACAAUGGAAAUAAAACACCAUCGCCACCUCCACUUCCAACUAGAAAAGUAAAUGUUAUUAAUAAUAAUAAUGGUAAUGGAAAUAAAACACCAUCACCUCCAAAAAGCAAUAUUGCUAAUCCUUCUUCAAUAGCUAUAAAACCAAUUGUAUUUGAUGAACAACAACAACAACAACAACAACAACAACAACAACAACAACAACAACAACAACAACAACAACAACAACAACAACAACAACCACCUGCAAUUCCUGCAAGAACUCCUCCUAAAACAUCCCCACGCACAAUGGUUAAAGAAUACAAUAACAACAAUAUUUAUUAUCACAAUCAAUUUCAGUAUAAACAACCUCCAAAACAACAACCACCACCACAACAACAACAACAACAACAACAACAACAACAACAACAACAACAACAACAACAACAACAACACUUAUCAACCUCACCCCCAGAAAUUAAAUCACCAAGAAGACUCAAUAAAACAUGUCAUAAUUGUGCAGAACCAUUAAAUUGUAAGAUACCAAUUACUAUGUUUGAAAAUAAUUACUAUCAUCAACAUUGUUUCAAUAAUAGUUAUUAG